AGUACCAGCUGCUGCCUGCAUGCUCGGUCCAUUACGGUAUUCCACAGCUAUCUAGCAGUGGAGCAGAGAAGCUUGGUGGAUGCAGAGAUAUAGAAGAGAGGGAGGAGAAGGGAAGCACAGAUUGCUGUAAAUUCAGACUUUAGCAGCAGCCUAAUUUUCACCACAGCAAAGCCACAGGACCUUUUGCCACCCGCCUCAUCAUGUUGAGGAAGGGCUCAGAGCUGCUGAAGGGAGACAGAGAGGUCCUCCUGGAUCUGGACUAUGAGGGUGAAGCACAAACCACAGACAGCUAUGGGAGUCUGCAGAACGGGAGCUUCAUCCCGCCGAGAUAUCUUUCAGCCGCAGCUGCUGAUGAAGAUAUGGCUGGAGAUGAUCCUAUUUAUAUGCACUGUAAUAGAAAAAGUAACCAGCCAGCUUCACAGCCGGGGAAUUACUUCAGAGAUGGAAGAACCAAAAUCGACUUUGUACUGGUGUGGGAGAUUCGCUCGCGGAGGAAACGACGAGGGAAGGGGAAGAGUGAGGUGACGGGUGAGGAGGGGGAAGCAGCACCCACCGAGGAGAACAGCAGGUCUGAACGAAAGAGGGCACAGCUGGCACAGUGGCGGGAGAAGUUUGUUCAGAAUCUGGAGAGUGCUGGAUUGCUCAUGGAAAAGGAGGAAACAUCGAAUGAAAAGAAAACCAUACAUUUUCUGAAAAUCAGCGCUCCAUGGGAUGUGUUGGUGUAUUACGCUGAGGAGCUCUGUCAGAGAGCUCCACUGCAGGCACAGCCAAAUCUGGACUUAAACACAUCUGCUCGGCUACUGAAAAGACUAUGCAUACCUAACGUAUUGAUGGAGUCCGUGCCAAACAGGCCGCUGGACUAUUAUACAUGUGCCUUUCGCAAGUCCAAGAUGAACAGGUUCCUUGGCUGUGACAACCAUGAAACCUACUUCACUAACACACAGAGACACCGUAUUGUGUAUGAGAUUCUUGCCGGGACGGUGUACGGCAAGAGGAAAAGGGCUGAGGUUGGUGUGGACAGACUGGUAAAUGAAGGGGUGUACACAGCAGCUUUCCCCCUACACGAGGGUCCUUUUCAGCUUCCAAAGUAUGAGAUUCGUCCCGACGAGUUGAACCAGAGGCAGAUUCUUUACCACUACUGGGCCCGCUGGUUCAAAUGGUACAAGUACCAACCACUGGACCACAUCAGGGAGUACUUUGGAGAGAAGAUUGCACUCUACUUUGCCUGGCUGGGUUUCUACACAGCCUGGCUGCUGCCGGCAGCUGUGGUUGGAACCCUGGUCUUUGUGUCUGGAGUCAUGUCCAUGGGUACCAACGCACCUGCUGAAGAAAUCUGUACCAGUGGAGCCAGUUAUCUGAUGUGUCCUCUCUGUAACACAUGCAAGGCCUGGAACAUGUCUGAAAUCUGCACCAUGGCCAAGUUGGGCUACUUAUUUGACCACCCAGGCACAGUCCUCUUCAGUGUGUUCAUGUCCUUCUGGGCCGUAACCUUCCUGGAGUACUGGAAGCGGAAGAUGGCCACCUUGGCCCAUCAUUGGGACUGCAUGGACUUCCAUGAAGAAGAGGAGCGUCCUCGUCCAGAGUUUGCAGCCACGGCCCCUACGAUGGAGCCAAACCCAGUGACAGGGGUGAAAGAGCCCUACUUUCCUGAGAAGACCAGGUUGUCCCGCAUGUUCACUGGCUCCAUGGUGAUCAUUAUGAUGCUGUGUGUGGUGAUGAUCUUCCUGGUGACAGUGGUCAUGUGCCGCGGUAUCAUCAGUGUGAUGAUGUUCCAUACUGGGAGCCCGGUCCUGCGUACAGAGGCAGGGACUAUAGCCAACAUCUCCAGCAGUAUUGUGAAUCUGGGCCUUAUCCUGCUGAUGGGCCGGGUCUACACUGCAUUAGCUGAGCAGCUCACUAAAUGGGAGAUGCACAGAACACAAACCCAGUAUGACAAUGCCUUCAUCUUCAAGGUCUUCAUCUUCCAGUUUGUCAAUUUCUAUUCCUCCCCCUUCUAUGUGGCUUUCUUUAAAGGAAGGUUUGUGGGUUACCCCACCAACUAUGGGACCUUGUUUGGAAUGAGAAAUGAAGAUUGUGGUCCCGGGGGUUGCCUUAUUGAAUUGGCUGAGCAACUCUUCAUCAUCAUGGUGGGAAAGCAACUCAUCAACAACAUCCAGGAGUUCAUUAUCCCUAAAGUGAAGGCCUGGCGCCAGAAAAGAACUUUGGCCAAGGUGCUGGGGGAUAAGGCAUCCCAUGAGCCUCAGCGCUGGGAGGAAGACUACCAGCUGGUGGAGUGCGAAGGCCUGUUCGAAGAGUACCUGGAGAUGGUGCUCCAGUUUGGGUUCAUCACCAUCUUCGUGGCAGCGUUCCCCCUCGCUCCGCUCUUCGCCCUCCUCAACAACUGGGUGGAAAUCCGUCUGGAUGCCCACAAGUUUGUGUGCGAGUACCGCCGGCCGGUGGCUGAGCGCGCCCAGAACAUCGGAGUCUGGUUCAACAUACUGGAAGCCCUGUCACACCUAUCUGUCAUCGCCAAUGCUUUCCUAAUAGCCUUCACAUCAGAUUUUUUACCUCGUCUGCUCUACCAGUACAAGUUCGGUAAUGAUCUCAAUGGAUACGUCAAUUUCACCCUGGCUUACGCCCCACUUAACUACAGCGAAUACCCCAUGUGCAGAUAUAAAGCGUACAGAGACAACAAUGGAAACUACACACUGUUCUACUGGGAGCUUCUCGCCGUCAGACUUGGCUUUAUCAUUGCUUUCGAGCAUGUGGUGUUCUUUGUCCUGCGAGCCAUUGACUGGAUCGUGCCCGACGUCCCUGAAUCCCUGGAGCUGAAGAUUAAGAGGGAGCGCUACCUGGCCAAGCAGGCUCUGGCUGAAAACCAGGAGGCUCUGUUGGUGAGUCGAGGCCGAGGGGCCGCCCCUGCCAGUCCAGGCAACUCCAGCCCAGGAAGCGACGCGUCCUUUAGAAUCAUGAGUUAGGACUCCAGUGUGGAAAACGAGUGGUUUGAGGGGAUGUUGGAGGAAUAAAAGACGCUCCUUCACAUCUGGAAGAACAUCAAUGAACUCUUUUCUGGGUGGAUUACGGUUUCUGCACUGGGAUUCUGUUUUUAUUUUACUAAUGUGCAUACUGCUAUGCAUACAUUAUGAUUAGCAGGUGUGUAAUUGAAGCUGAACUCAACCCAAACUUAGUUCACCCAUCUUUUCAUUUGGAGAACACAGUAAGUCAUCAUUUUCAGGCUGACACACUGAAAGUCUAUUACUUUUAUUCAUACUAGGUCUAUACAAAUGACAUCUUCAUAUGUUCCAAAUCUGAAAAGGAUCCACAACUUUCCUAUCCAAACUGGGUUCUGACCCUACAGCAACUGGUCUCCAGCCUGAGUGGGCCCUAAAGAAGCAGAACAAAAACACAUUGAAAAAUGUGAUUAUGGUUAUAUAUUGUAAGCCUGCAUCAGUCUCUCUUUUUUUAUCUCGGCAGAAAUGUAAAAUUACUGCAUAAUUACACAUAUAAAUGAAUAGUGAAAUGUAUCAGGCCCUGCUUGUUUGGGGAAACACUCUCAAACUAAUAGGCACAAUAUCUUCCAUAAUGAAGCCACAUCCAUGUAGUUGUAAUAGUUCAAGUGGCUAGCUAAAGUUGCAGCAUGAACGGUUAACAUUGUCAGACUGUUUUCAGGUUCUGUUGGGUCCAGUUAGAAUUUCACACAGACCUGACACGUGCAACAAUUUGUGUCAGACCCACCUUGAGGGUGACCCAUGACCCAAUAGUAUUACGUUGAUGUUUUUUUUUUUUUUUUAUGACACAAACUAGUAACUUAAUUCCCCCCUGAAAGACUUGGUUUUGCUGACCUCCUGUGGUUUUCACCUUGAUGCAGUGAUGUACAGGUGUACUCCAGGACCCUGUUACAUCACUGUUGGGUGUGGUUGUGGAUGCAGAAGAAUACACACACAACCACACCCAUUACUGAAGCUGGGUGUGGCCAGAGGUGAAACUUUCAACCACGGAGAGCAAUGAAACACCUCUAUUCAGCCAACUGUUAGGUUACUCUUUAAAGGGGCAUUCCAGUGAUUUAUUCCCCUGGCUAAGUCCUGGUGCAGGUCAAACUUUGAAAAUGAUUGCUCUUACAUUUCCUAUUAUACAAUGUCUUUUGUAGAGUUAAGUAAGUAAAACGGUGGAUCAUUUUCUGCUUUGAAACUCUCAAAAAAUAUCAGGAACUGAGGGGUGUCAACACCCAAUGCACAUCUCAAUAAGAAACAUCCAAUUACUGACCUUUUUUUUUUUGACUGAUAACCUAAUCUGCCGCUUAAAUGAAUUCACUCCGGACCACUUUUGGCUAAAUUUGUCAACUAUGGCUUAUACUUAGAGUCAUCCGCCAAGUUGAAAUGACUCAAACUGAUGGCCAUAACAAAAGCCUUUACCGUAUGCUCACAUUGUCCAGGACAUUAAUGUGACACUUUGUGUUUUAAUGUUGAUAUUAUAUAACAUUACAGGUAUUAUUAAAACAAAUAUUUGCAACCCCUCCCUCUUCACAACUUAAUUAGACUCUCCCUGCUUGGUAAAUUUGUUCAGUAUGUAUUUUGAACUCCAUCCGUAGUCUUCAACCACCACCCCAACUGCCUCGUGACGUGGACUGCUUCCUUCUUUAUUCCUUCUUUAUUCCUUUCAGCGCAGUGGUCACAUGACCACAACCUUCUUGAUUAUGUGGGUUGUACACAAAUUGUGUAGUAUUACUUUUCUUAUGUAUAUGUACAUACAGUGCAUAAGAAUAGCCCAAGUGCUCCCCAUCACACUCUGUCUGCUAGUAAUUGAGUUAUUACUAAAAAAAAUUCAUAAUUAUGUUGUGGUGACACAUACUGACUGUCUAGAAUACUAGUCCAUACCCAUUGGUAGCUUUGUCACCUUCUACUUAUGCCAAUCCUCAAUGCCUAUGU